UUGCCUCCCACCUUACUUUUACCUUGAUUUUGAAUUUUUGAUAAAAGUUCAAAUUUUACACCAAUUUUAGUUGAUCUUUCGUAAUUUUGUCGCACAAAUGAUAGUGCUUUGAGAAAUUUCCACUCCGAAGAUUUAUUACACUCUAAUGUGUAUUACAACGAAGCUAUCCGAUUCUUUUAAUGUCAUACGCGAACCCACUUCAAGAUUCUAACCAGCUGCACCUUCAGGGCACAAGUAUUCGUAAAAUAUUCAUCAUCUCCAUCUCGUAGUGAAAAGGUGUCAGUGAUGCGGAUUUGUUUACAUCUCGAGUGAUUCAUCUAUCAAGCUAUUUGUUCGUAGAUCAAUCCAAAAUGAGAUUCAAUAAGAACGAGAUGAUAACUCUGGCUCUACAACCAGCCCAGAAAUUCGAUAAAGAAGGCGUCCUAAUUAUAUGGGAAAGGCAAGACGGAUUUUUCAAACGUUCCGAAAGUACGUAUCGUGCCACCGGCGAUCAAAUCGAGGUACGAAAUCGGCGCAGCUUUAUAGCCACUUCGAAAUGAUUUCGUACCCGGUGUUGUAAGCUCUAGCUGCGCUUGUUUUUUUUUCUAUCUAUCGUUUCCUUGGUCAGUUUUCCGCUGUAUAUUUCGAUGUACUCGUUAGAGAAUACGUAGUGCAGAUUACCUUGUAUAAAAAAUUUACGAUUAAAACUCGUGCAUGCGACUAAACCAUGUUGUGUCGAAUGAAGCUCGGAGUCUGAGGUUUCGGGUCAAUUGGUCCGGCAGUAACACGGUUUGUUCAUGUGUAAAUCUCAACAUUUCAGGAGAAGGAGCGUCGAAAAAACGGAAAUCGAAAAGCCUUCAAGAAUUAUCAUGUUAUGCUGGCACUAAUAAAGCGAGCAUGGAGCGAUGGUGCAGAUUGCGAGGAAAUUUACUGUUUUACAUGAAAACUAAAGAUCAAUGGUCAGAGCCAGUCGGAGUGAUUGUUUUACUUCAUUGUACGAUUCGAGUGGAUCAUUCGUCGUUGGACGGAACGUAUGGAUUUUUUUUAGUUUUCGAAGGAGGUGUCACGCAGCACAUAGCCGCUCAUACAGAACAAGAACGUGAUAUGUGGCUGGAAGGGAUACAAAUCUACAGCUAUAACCAUGUCCGAUCACAAUUAGUCUCGUUGCAAGAACAACUAGAACUGAAACAAGCCCAUGAUCCAGAUUUAGAUGUACAAAUGUGGAGGAUCCGUAAAGGACAUCACGCUUUGGAUACGAUCGAGUUACCUUUAUGCGAGGUAUCUUUAUGCUGUGAUAAUUUACUCUGCGAUGGUCACGGUAGACCACCUCGGCCCGUUCUAGUCCUACACGUGUAUAUCCCCAAAGAAGACGUCUGGCUGAAAUACACCAAUACUGAAAUCGUCGAAAAAAGCAGUAACCCUUCGUUCUUGAAAACUGUAUGCUUUUGGCCCAGCGACGGUCUGACUAGCGAAUCAUGUAUACGAAUUACCGCUUACGAUGUGCGAGAGAAAUUCUCAGGUCUGGCUACGCCGUUGGGCAGUGCGAAGCUGUACAUUUCAACACUACUCAACUGUCAACAGAGUAGGUUCAGGGUGCAGCUGUUGUCGUGUUCGAAUACCGUGGCUGGAUUCGUUACGUUGACGAUUUGGCGUCAUGAACGCGAAAGUAGUAAUGCUAGUGCCGAAUCUACUCCUUGUAGAUCACUGCAUCAUAGUAAUUCGUUGAAUGUACCUUGUCACAGACGAACUCAAUCAUUACCUUCGAGAUUUAACGUUAAGCAGAAGAUACCCAAUCAAGGGCAUUUGCAGUUUUUAUUCGCUAAUGCUUUACUGGUCACGUAUCGAUUUCAUUCCGGGCUAGGUGGCGAUAUUUCUGUUCACGAGAUCAUGGCUGAGAGUAAACUGUGUUUUUAUUUGCCUCAGCAACUUCUGGAAAUUUUCAUGAACGAAGAAAAGGAACUGUUGCAAGAAGUGGCCGGUAUGGGUGAAUUGGUUGAGCCUUGGAAUUCUCGUCAAUUAGAAGUACUCGAUAGACAUCUUCAAUUACUUCAUUUGUAUUCUCAAGCCAAAGAGAACUUGAAGUCGUUCAAAGGAAGCUACUUCAAACCCAGCUCGCGUAAAAGUGACAGAUCGCUGGAAUUUGCUCCGAUCAACUUACACCUGCAAAGAUUAUGGGUUCAGAAUGAUACCCUCAAAAAGAGCGGUUUCUAUGACAUCAUCACCGUUGGAGCAUUCACAGCACACUCUCACAAAUCGAAAAAUGGUGGCUUGAUUAAAUUAAUUCAACAGUUGAAAGAAUCACCUAUGAAUGCAUCCAGUGCUCAGAGUGGUCCUAAUAAAAUUACUUUGGCUUAUGACGCGAUUCAGGCGAUCAAAUUACUUAGACGAGAAGUUGUCGAUGGCAUGAAAAAACUAUUGAGCUUAGCGAAGAAAAAACAAAGCAUGGGAAUGCUGCCAAUUUGCGAAGAUAUGAUAUCCAAAACUCGAAUCCUGCUCAGUCUGUGGGAUCCAGGUUUAGUAGAGGAAGCCCUCAACUUCAUCGAAGAUAACAAAGUGACCAAAUUAUACAAAGAAGAACAAACCGACACCGAAGAAGUCUCUCAAUUCAAGAAAAUCGCCCAACAAAUAUCGCUGAACACGAAACGGCCCGAAUACGACGACCUGAUGUCACCCAUCGAUCAAAAUCCACCAAUUUGGAAUUUCCUACCACCCUCCAAACUGCCUGCCAGCCAAACCUGCGCUUUAGAUGACAAAGAACCUUUUGUACUGUUUCCGGAUACCGAAGACGAUUCGAAAAAAGAUGAGAAUUUCAAUCAUCGUCAUCAUCGUAGUAAAUCUCACGAUGAGAACGGCUCUGCUGAACCUCAAAAUGGUGAAAUGAAUAAGAAGUUUUUAGACACUCAUGCCAUGUGCAGUUCACCUUCGGCUAAUUACUAUAAACCGACCGAUGAACCCGAGCCUUGGGAUUUGACUCAGCUGAAUAUCGAAGCCAGUGUCAUGUGUUUGGUUAGCAAAGUGAAAUUUCUGUGCGGUAAAUGCGGAAGUCCUGCCGUUAGGUUGAGAUCCAAUCAAACUAUUAGUAGAUCGCAGCAUUCGUUUAAAAAAGAUGCCAUUAGACAGAAUAUCGACUCGAAGCUGAACUCUGGCAAAGCUACAAGUGUUCAAAAUGGUGGAACCGUAGCUCCGGUACGAAAUAAGUUCACCGAAGGAUUGGAUUUCGAUUCGCUGGAUGAUUGGACUACCGAGUUGAAACCCAGCAUGAGGAAACUUAGACAAGCCAUGGAUGGACUGCUGAAGACUGCUAGAUUAACUCAUAGCGUAUUUAGAAUCCAAGAAGAUAGAAAAGCUGCCCAGGUUGCCUGUAAUAUCCGAUAUAGAAGAUUGGUUUGCUUUUCACAAGCUUUGACAGCGUUGGUGAGCGGACUAUUGGCAAAAUUAUGGUGCCAGAAGUCAGAUCCGGUGUUUUUGUACAUUCUGAUGAACGUAGGACUACUAGUCGAAUUCGAAGGUUUGCUCAGUUAUUACGGCGACGAAAUUGAUAUGUGGGGUGAUAUGGUCGUAGCUGUGGAAGACUUGUCCACUGUUACAUUCACUCUAGUCCCAACUAAAACCAAAAACGAAGAAGAAAUCUACCCGAAAGUUAUGGGAUCUCGAUCAUCAUUAAGAAUCCUGCUUCCUGUACCAGAAGUUGUUUUUUCAGCGUUACCAUUAUCUCUUUCUCAUACCUUCAGAGUAACUCCAAUAUUUUUCAACAUCGGUAUCAACGAAAUGGCCACAUUAGCUGAAAGUUUGAACGCCACCAAACCUCAAGAACAAAGUAAUAUAGAUAAUUUCGAUAAACUCAACGAAUAUUAUCACAGAUUCAAGAAACUUAAUUUAUCUGCCAACACUGAUGCUUUCGUCAAGACGUGUUUACUUAAUACUGCUCAUUCGGCGGCCUUAGCCGAGUUGAUGGAGAAAUUGAAAACUGCAGUUCAUGCGAAUAAGAAUAAAAAUGUAGAAGUGUUGCAUUUAGCGAGUCAAAUAUGUCGUAAGGUUAAAGGAUUACGAUUUACAAGUUGUAAAAGUGCCAAAGACCGGACUGGUAUGGCUGUGACUUUAGAACAAACGAAUAUCUUGCAUCAAGAGUACGAUUUAACCGAACACGAAUUUCAACGUGCUUUGGAUUGUAUGAGAAGCGAAGGUGUCAGGAGGGAGAACACAUUUAAAAACAUCGGUGUUCGCAAAUAUGCAUUCAACUCGAUACAAGUUUCAACAUUUCCAAAAUACUAUCGACCUCCAUCCGGCACCUACGGAUCGGUUCAAUCUUAAAAACAAGACUCAUUCAUCGUAUUGCAUUUUCUCACCUUUCGAUUUUUACUUUCUUCUUUUGUUUUACUGCAUUGGUCAUUGUAGUGUUGAUUUUAUUGUUGAUGUUGAUCGUUUUUCUCUGUUAAUUAUGUAUUUCACCAGUGAUUCGAUUUCUUUGUAAGCUUUUCCGCACCCACCUCUUCUUCACACUCGUUCGAGGUAAUCCAGCACAAUUUUUUUUCUGUCCGUCUUCCAUAGAAGGCUUCCGCCUUGCCUAUAUAAGCUUCCAUUUUUACUUUUACUCGUAAUUGAAUGACUAAUCAAAUACUAUACGUUUGUGUAUGCUUCCGUUACUAGACUAAUGUAAUACUUUUCUUCCUGUGGAUAUGAUUUUGCUAUAUAGUAAUUUUUCUGUGAUCAGCUAUAUAAAUAGAUAGGAUAUUAUUUUGAUAAGAUUUAGAGAUUACCCAAAGCUGUUAUUUUUAUACGUGUUUUAUGAUUUUUUUUCUCCUCAAUUUUUUGGUAUGUGUUCGACGUACGUAUGUAUCAGUAUUAUGAAAGUAGAUACCACAGAAAGGAAUUUUAUCUUCCAACGAGUUUCUUCCUUUGUUUUACGUACUUUAAUGUUAUACAAUUUGAAUUCACCUCUUUUUUUUAUAGCCUAUUCGCGUUCUGCUGUUUUCCAGUGUUCCCGUAUUUCCCUUUGUUUUUUGACUUUUUUAUCAUUAUUUUUGUUUAUUGUUUCGUUGUUUUGUGGUAGUUAUUUUUAUCGACAAGAGUUGGACUUUUAUAUGGAACUUGUAGUGUUAUGCGAGAGCUGUUUAUUUAUGUGUUAGAAACCUCGCUUUGUCGUAUUAUUUUGAAAUGAAUGAUGUAUGUGUAUGUAGUUACACGAAUUGUUUACGUAAUAAAUUUUAACAAGUUUCAA